AUGCGGUUCUACCGAUCAAUCGCCGCGUUUUUCGUGUUCAUUAUCGUCCUGGUGGCUUCAUUUCCGAUCGAGAUCAAAGGUGCGUUUUCUAUUUUCAAGGCCAUCCAAAGGAAGUGAUAUUGGCGGUUAACCUAUGGUGAUCGGUGAUACAAUUUCUGGGAAAAACAGCGCAAGAGCACAGGAAAACAUCAUAAAAUGAGCGUUUUUCUAAUUGAAAAUACGAGAGUCAUCAUCCUUCACUUCCAGACAUCCAGUACCUAUUCCCGCCACAAAACACGCUUUUGGACGCCGUCGGCGACCAGACCUACCACACACAAAUCGACAAACAAGUGGGCGACUCGCAGGAGGAGGAGGAGAGGAAGAAGGCGUGCGUUCCCAGUGAGUCCGGAACGGUUUUUGGCUUUUCUAAAGCUGAAGCGGCUAAGAAAUGAGCAGAAAAUGAUUCAGAGCAAAACGCGGAGCCGAGUAAGGAAGGAGAGGAAGAAGCGGGAGAUGGAGAAGGAUCCGAAGCGGAUGGAUUCAUCGACAACUCGCCGGUUAAUGGUACUAUUGUCGAUGAUGUAAGUAGCGAAUAAAAAAAGGUAGUUUGUUCCGUUAAUGAGUGUUUUUUAGCCAAUGGAAGUCAAGAUUUACAAGCCGGAAUGCGAUGAUUGA